AUGGCAACUCUACAAGGGCCAAUUAUUUGCCGUCCUAUUUCCCAUGAAAAACAGCACAAUGUUCGUGUUUUACCGAAUAAGAAUCUCAUGAGGUUUAGGCUUUCCAAGAGCAAAUUUUGGGGCUGUCGAGGUAACUUUGGACGCGAAGUUCAAGUUGAAGUUCUUUGUCCUCAGUCAAAUAAGGCAAAGAACAUCAUCAGUUGUAGUUUCAGUUCAUCUUCUGAUGGUAGUGGCAGCAUGGCCGAGAACUACAGUGAGAAUGAUGAAGACUAUGUAAUUUCCAGUGUGGUUGAAGCUGGUAGGCUAACUGAACUAUGGUUUCUGAUUAUUUUAUACUGCCUGAUAUAAUUAUUUUUUAUGCAUUUCUCCUCUUCUUGCUUCCACAUUAUCUGUCUUAUAUAUACAAAAUUAUGAUUUUAAUUUGUUUCGCGUUACCCUGCAUUUGGUCCAGGAAUCUUAUUGCUUACUUGCAGACCUCCCUUCCCUCUCAAUUUCUUUAAAAGGACAAAAAACACGCGCACACACACACACACACACACACACACACACACACACACACACACACACACACACACACACUCAAGAAUCAAUUCCCCAAAACUCAUUCACAUGCAGUUGAAGUGAUGGAUUGAUGACCAUGAUUUCGUUCCUUGCAGUUGAAGUGAGAAGUGGUUCAGAUGGUUUUGUGAUUAAAAUGAGGGAUGGAAAACAUGUUCGAUGCGUUCAUAACAGCCCUCAAGGUGGAUAUCUGCCAGAUUAUGCCCCACAUCCUGCCAUUGUCCUUAAAAUGGAGGAUGGAAGUGAUCUUCUUCUCCCUAUCAUUGUUCGUAAGUAUUAUUUGUAAAUCUGCAUCGUUUCUGUGUUGGGAUUACCUUGAGGUUUCAGGCAUUUGAUCAAAUGUGACAAUUGAUCAUAAGUUUUAUGUUGCAGUGGAGAUGCCAAGUGUGCUUUUGAUGGCGGCAGUUCGUAAUGUUCAAAUGGUAUUGCAAUAUUUUUCACUACUUCUGAAUUUUUAAUUUCGUCUCUGUAAUAGUUGCGUACAAUGUAUAUUUAAUUAGAAAGGUAAUGACAAUCAAUUUUCCUCUCAGGCAAGGCCCACUGUAUAUCAAGUGGUGAAGGACAUGAUUGAGAAAAUGGGGUACGAGGUAAACCUUCUUAAUGUUGACUCUACCUAAUUUCAGACCUUUGGUAUUUCUCUCUUUUUGUUAAUUAAUUGGUUUCUUUCUUCACUCCAGGUGCAGCUCGUCCGGGUUACCCGAAGAGUACAUGAAGCUUAUUUUGCCAAGCUUUACCUUGCCAAGGUAAAUCCAAUCAUCUUUCGAACACAAUGGUCUGUUGCACGGUGUUGAUCAACUCUUAUCUCAUGGGUACACAGGUGGGAGAUGAAACAGAGAGAAUUAGUCUUGAUCUCCGACCCUCAGAUGCUAUAAAUAUUGCGGUUAGGUGCAAGGUAUGCGUUCCUCAUUUUAAAUCUUUCUUUCUAGUUAGCCGUGACACUAGUGAGAUAACCCAUAGAUGCAAUGGUGUAUUUAUCGAUUGGCUGAAAGGAGUUUGCUUUAAAUCUCCCUUUUGAUGAUUCAUGCACCCAGAAGAAUCCCACAUAACCAGUUUCAUUUCCAUAUCUGGCUAUAAACAUUCUAUAUAUCGGUAGAUAUAUCUAAUAUCUACGGAUAUCUAUAUAUAUAUAUAUAUACAGAUAUAACUGCGUUAAUCUGGUCUACAACUCCCGAUGAGAAUCGGCGGAUGAUAUGAUCCUUGUGUCUGUCCUGAUUCUCUGGAUCCGAGCAGGUGCCAAUACAGGUGAAUAAACACCUGGCGUUCAGUGAUGGGAUGAGAAUCGUCGAACCGCCAAAGCUGGUGCAGCAGGGUCCUCACUCGGAUGGACUGCUAUUCGCCGAAAUGGACAAGUGAGUGACCCGCGAGUUCAUCCAUCAUUGGUUUAUCUCUCUAGGUGAUACAUCGGCUAUAGGUAAUUAUGAUUCGACUUGGUCGCCCCUGCAGGCCUGAUGGUCAACCAUGCCUGGAGACCACGGAAUUCAAUCUGGUUCGGAACAUGCUCAUUGCUGUUGUAGAAGAACGCUACAAAGAUGCCGGUACGAUUCCCAACGCUAAAUGGGGUCAAUUUUUGGCAAGUCCUGUUAAUGGGCCUGAUAUGCUUGGAGUCCGGCUCGGUCCCGUACUUCAGUUUAUCGAUUAUUAAGCCUAUUUAGAAAUUCCUCUGUGGCCCAAACUAAAUCGUUCACUUGGGCCCGCCUCUUUCCCGUGUUUUGCAGCCCAAUGGAGAGAUAAACUCACCCAACUGCGGUCCAAGAAAAGGAACUGGGCCUGA